AUGUCUGCCUUCAGUUUGACCGAAUAUUUGACAAAUUUUCAGACCAGUGAUAGGAGAUCUUUUGAAGCGGUUGAAAACCCAGCUAAUGAAUUGAAUAUUGUUACAGAUCGGUUAGCGGUAUCACCAGAGCACGUUGAUGCUGAGGUUGAAACUUUGGAGUCGCUUAUCGAUCUGUGUCAUGGAUUUGUGCAUUUACCGACAAAUUUACAAACUCAGCUUUGUUACCUUGUCGCUUCUUCGAUGGGAAAUUUAGCUCAGGAGAUUGGCACGUACAUAAACACUAGUGAGAUGAUCGAUCUCUUGGGGCAGUGGAAAAGGCACUUGGAGGAGUAUGGGUAUCUAGCGCAUGUCAUAUUAACUUUUUUACAAGAUGACGUGCAUAUUGCAUCUUCUCAGAUGAGCACACUGGGUCGCGGUGGCUCUAAGAGAUCGCUAGAGAGUGGUAGUGACAAUACGGCAGCGGGUUCUGCCGCCCAGCUUUUCCGCAGGACCGUUGGUCAGAUAGAAUCAAUGUGUGAGUCUAUUAUCAAAGUUUUAGAGAUUAAUUUAUCAAAAUUGUUUCAAACAACACCGGAAAAGGACAUGUUUAUCGGUUUAUUUACUAGACCAUUGAAUGGGUUAUUGGAAUUCGAAGCAACCACUAAAGUUCCUUCACUUAAAUUCUUCAUUCAGAAAAUUAUUGCGAUAUCAGUUAAAUUUCAAAAUCAAGGUUCAAAUGCUCAAAACGCAAUCAUGACGAAUUUGACGUAUUUCCUGCACUUAUCCAAUUUCAAUGCUGAACUUUUGAAGUUAAUAAAUGAUGAAUAUAAUUAUACUCAAUUAACCGAAGAUAUUUUGAGCGAAAUCAGCUCAAGAGUAUUCAAUUCAAAGGAUACAAAUGGGCCUAAAGCAAUUUCGAGUUUCCUAACGAAAUUGUCUCAGCUAUCACCUCAAAUCAUGCUUAGGCAAAUGUCAUUGGUCGUUCGACUCUUGAAUAAUAGUUCUGUAACCUUAAGAUGUUCCGUGGUGGAAGCAUGCGGUAAUAUAGUAACUGGUUUAGCUUUUGAUGAAGAAGCUUUUGAACAUUACAAAGAUCAGAUAUUUGUUCUAUUGGAGUUAUUGGAAGAAAGGUUUCGAGAUUCAAAUCCGUAUGUUAGAACAAAGGCAAUACAAGGAUGUAUUAAAAUUUGUGACUUGGAUUCAAAAUUCAGCAAAUAUAAAAUAAAUUUUGCUAAGCUAGCAGUUAGAUCCUUGCAAGAUCGCUCAUCUUUGGUACGAAGGAAUUCGGUGAAAUUGCUAAUUAAGAUACUAUCAACUCAUCCUUUCAAGGCGAUACAUGGCGAUCAGUUGGCACUGAAGAAUUGGGAAGCGCAUUCGAAAAUUGCUAUAAACAGUUUAAAUGAGUUUGUAAGAAGACACUCUCUUGAAACUUCUCUUGAUAAUGUUAGUGAAGAUAUUCCCAGUAUUAUGGUCAACGCACAAAAUAAAAAUGAAUCUGAUAUUGUUUCCCCAUCAGAUGCAGAAAGUGUUGAAAUUUCUAAAAUUGACGAAAAGAAUAAUCCUACGAGCGCAGUGGAGACGGAAGCAAUUUUAAAAAUGAAACUACUGAUCGUCUAUCAUAGAGAUGCAAUUGAAUUCAUCAGAGAAAUUCAUACAGGUCUUCAUUUAAGUGCAAGCCUACUCUUUUCAAGAAAUAGAAACGAAGUUUUGGAGACAAUGGAUUUUCUUGUGAUGGCAGAUGCUUAUGGUCUUGAACCAAGUAAAAUAGGUAUUAGGAAAAUGCUACACUUAGUAUGGAUGAAGGGUACCACUGACGAAGGAACAAGUAUCUCAUCACACCUUAUAAGUUGUUAUACCCAGCUGUUUUUGAAUGCCCCAGAUAAUUUCAACUUUAGAGAGAAGGCCGCUCUUAUGGCAAAGAAUUUAAUAAACCUAACUAUUGAUGCAUCGGUGGCUGAUUUGGCAUCUUUGGAACAACUACUUGGUAUGAUGUAUAAUGAAAAACUGAUUGAUGAAAAUAUCAUUAGUGUACUCUGGUCGAUUUAUACUUCUGCAUCGACAAAAAAACCGGACUCAGAGUGUUUCGGGUUGCAACAUAUUCAUGGAUCAGUCAUCGUCUUGGGCAUGCUCUCAGCGACUAAUCAUGAAAUUGCCUUGAGGGGGCUUGAAUAUUUGCUAGAUGUCGGUCUGGGAAAAGCCGGUGAGAAAGACUUGCAUUUAUGUCGAUACUCAUGUCUUAUGUUGGAAAGGAUAGUCCCAAAAAAAAAUUCCUCUCAGGUUUUUUCUUUAAUAGGAGAAAGUCGGGAGCAAUUGAUUGUUAAAAAUUUAUACUCCAAAAUCAUCACCUACACUGAAGACUCGCAGUGGUAUCCGAUGUGUGAGCAGGCAAUUAACGCUCUAUUCACAAUAUCUUCGAAACCAGACAUAGUUGCUGGAGAUUUAGUACGAGAAAAGAUAAUGAUUACGUUUGGUAAACCAGAAGAUGAUGAUUUGACAAACUCACAAACAUCUUCUCGAGUUAUAGUUCUAAGUCACCUUUUAUUUAUUGCUGGUCAAGUUGCGAUUAAAAUUCUCGAGUAUUUAGAAAAGUGUGAGACAGAGUUUAAAAGACGAAAAGUUGAAGCUGAAACGAACAAGGGAAAGGGAAAAGAUUCGAAUGAGAACAAUGGCGCUGAUGAAACGAAAGACAAUGAGCUGGAAAUGAUUGGUGGAACCAACGAGGAUGAUUUCGCAGAUGCAAUUAAUCAUGUAAAAGAAAAUGAGCUCCUUUUUGGGGAGAAUUCUAUUUUGAAAAAGCUCUCCCCUAUUGUUGAGGAAAUUGUUUCUAAUAGCACUCGUUUCAAUGAUGUUAUGCUACAAAGAACGGCCGCAUUGUGCCUUGAAAAAUUUAUGUGUGUUUCCUCCAAAUAUUGUGAAAAAAGUCUAUCCCUCUUGAUUACAGUUAUGGAAAAAUCACAGGAUCCUAUAAUCCGUUCGAAUGCCGUACUUGGACUUGGUGAUAUGGCUGUUUGUUUUAACAAUCUUAUAGAUGAAAACACUGAUUAUCUCUAUCGUCGUCUUCACGAUGAAAAUUUAAUGGUUCAACGUACAUGUCUCAUGACAGUUACAUUUUUAAUACUCGCCGGGCAGGUCAAAGUAAAAGGGCAGCUUUCGCAAAUGGCAAAGUGUCUAGAGCAUCCGGAUAAUGGUAUUAGCGACAUGUGUCGUUUAUUCUUCACCGAGCUAGCUGGCAAGGACAACGCAAUAUAUAAUGGGUUCAUUGAUAUCUUCAGUAAUCUUUCCUCGGAUGAGGAUUUGCAUAAAGAGAAUUUCAAGAGGAUAAUCAAAUUUUUGAUCUCAUUCAUUGAAAAAGAAAGGCACCAAAAACAACUGGCGGAGAAAUUGCUUGGAAGACUAGGAAAAUGCGAGUCACAAAAACAAUGGGAUGAUAUUGCAUUUGUUUUGAAUAGCAUUCCUUAUAAAAAUGACAAAAUCAGUACCGUUCUGGAAGAGGGGUAUAAAAUGGUAUCUGCAAGGGAAUAA